AAGGCAUGAGGAGGCGUUACAACUACUCUUUAUUAGCUUUAUUCGUCCGUCGCCCCCACACUCCGACAUUGGUUUUCCCCUUUUCCUUCACUUUCCUCUUCAAUGGCGACGCCAUAGAACAUCCCCAACCGAAGCUCCGCCAUUUCCACUCUCCCAACACCCAUGGCCCCCACCGCCGGAUCUCUCUGCAACAAAUUCCUCGCUCUUUUACUGCUUAUUGUUCAUGUUGGUUGCUUCCUUCUCACUACCGCCGACCACCGCCGCCGCCGCCGUCCCUCGCCCCCCAAGAAAGCCACUCCGACGCCCUCCUGUCUUAAGCCCCACAAGGCUCUGACAAGUUCCUAUUCAUUUCUCAAACGAAUCUUCUCCUCAAAAACCUGCAAAAUGGCAAUCGAAACCGCUCGCCCCCCCACUCCUGCCCGGACAUCACAGGAGAUUUCUCCCCCGCUUGAGACUCCGACAGCCGGAACGCCGCAGGAUUCAGACAUCACCACGGCGGAGACUAACCAAUUUGUCCACCUCAGCAACGACAUUUUCCCUUGCACUGCUUGCGGCGAGAUUUUCCCCAAGCAUCAAUUGCUCGAACAGCACCAAUCGGCGAAACAUGCUGUGUCGGAACUCGCCGAUUCCGAUUCCGGGAAGAAUAUUGUUCGAAUCAUUUUCGAAACGGGAUGGACGAGGAAAGAAAAAAGUCCGAAAAUCGUUCGAAUCUUGAAAAUCCACAAUAGCCCAAAGAUCGUUUCCAGAUUCGAGGAGUACAGAGAGUCGGUGAAGGCGAAAGCGGCGGCCCGAAACGGCGCGGUGAAGCGUCGGGACGAGCGGUGCAUCGCCGACGGAAACGAGUUGCUGAGGUUUCACUGUGCGACGUUUUUAUGCGAUUUGGGGCAAAAUGGUAAUUCCAGCCUCUGCGGGCAGCAAUUUUGUAGCAUUUGUGGGAUAAUCAAAUCGGGAUUCUCCCACAAGUUGGACGGAAUAUCGACGUUAUCGAGUAGCUGGAGGGCACACGUGGCGAUCCCUGAGGACAUCGAAGAGGAGUUCAAGUUUCUGAACGUGAAGCGGGCGAUUCUGGUUUGUCGGGUCAUUGCAGGUCGGGUCGGGUCAGACGCCGAUGAGCCGGAAAAAGACGGCGAAGGGUUUCACUCCGUCGUCGGGAGGAGUGGUAGUGGGGCCCAGUCCACGUUGGAUGAGGAAGAGCUGUUGGUUUUCAAUCCGAGGGCUGUGCUCCCCUGCUUCGCGAUCGUAUACGAAAUCUGAUCGAUUGAUGAGUACUGUUUUUAUUUUAUUUUAUUAAUAUUGGUUGUUUUAAUGAACUUGUCGGUAUAAUUCCGUACUGUUUUACUAUGGGUCAAACUCAAUCCUUCUUUAGCCCAUGGCAUGAGAUAGAGCCACACCAAGGCAUGAUUUGUACAAGCUCUUGGCCUUCUCUUUAGUUAAAUAAUAUUCAAUACAUAUUUUGAGUGAA